GAGCGCAAACUUCAGCUGGUCUUUGAGUCGCUGAUGCUGGAGCCAUGGGGCAAUGAGAUGCUGAGCAGGGAGCAGUGCUCUGUUCUCAGCGCCCUGGCUGGCCGGGGCCUUGGGGUGGCACUGGCACCAGGCAAGAGGUCAUCUGCAGUGGAUGAGUCAUGCCAGUCCCUCCUGUCCCACUCGGAUAUCAGCUAUGACCGCACUGAGGAUGAUGGGGAUGUUGAUAUGAUGGUGGUGCGGACCCUGAAGCGCAAAGCCCCAGAGAGACAGCAUGUGUCCCUAGCCCCUCAGAUUGGCCCUGUAGUGAUGGCAAAGCGGCACCGUUCUUCUGUGGUACCCCAUAAUGCUGUGAGUGCUGCCUCCAUGCCCCCUCCUGCUGAGGUCCCAGGCCCUGCUGGCAGCCUCUUGCCCACUGUUCUGGUGCCACGCCGCUGCUCUCGCCAGGGACAUGGUGUCUCCAUGCGUGCAGGGCUCUGUCCACUACCUCCUCCCUCUGCAGAGCUGACCACGGUGUGCGGUACCAGUGAGGAGCAGGGCUGCCAUGCCCCAGGGCAGGAAAGCCACACUGAAGGCAGCUCUGUGGGACAACCAGCACGAGCCUCCCUCCCAUCGCCUCCUCAGAGCCUCCCACCAGUCCAGCACCGGUUCACCUCCAAAACUGUAAUCCGCCCUGAGCCAUGUGGUGUCUGUGGCUCCCGCAUCCGCUUUGGGAAGACUGCCAUCAAGUGCUGCCAGUGCCAUCUGCUGCUACACGCCAAGUGCCGUGAACAGUGCUUCAGACUCUGCACACCUCGUCCUCGCCACCAUGCCUGGCCCCGUGAGGGUGUGCUAGCAGACUUUGCCCCCUCGACACCGCCCCUGGUGCCUGCACUGGUGGUGCAAUGUGUGACCGAGGUGGAGACGCGAGGCUUGACAGAGACAGGGCUGUACCGAGUGUCGGGUGCAGAGCAGCUGGUGCAGGAGUGGAAGCGGAGACUGCUGCAGGCUGGGGGUGCGCUGCCCGCCCUCAGCAGUGUGACUGACAUCCACGUGGUGUGUGGGGUGCUCAAGGACUUUCUACGGGGGCUCAAGGACCCAGUGGUCACCUUCAGCCUCCACCCUGCCUUCCUGAGGGCUGCUGAUAUCCCAGAUGAUGCUGCCUGUGACAUAGCCUUGCGCCACGUGGUGAGCAAGCUGCCCCCAGCCAACAGGGACACACUGGCCUUCCUCAUGCUGCACCUGCUCAGGGUGUCACAUAGCCCUGACUGCAAGAUGGACGUGCUCAACCUGUCCCGUGUGUUUGGGCCUACGCUGGUGGGACACAGCUCAGCCAACCCUACACCACUCACCAUCAUGGAGGACACACCACGACAGUGCAAGGUGGUGGCUCGUCUCCUCUCACUGCCACCUGACUUCUGGAUGGGCUUUGUGGAGAGAGAGCAGGAGAACGUGGUGCCAACACCAGCCCUGGGGAGUGAAUGUGAACUGUUCUUCUGCCCUAUCACCUCUCCGGAGCCCAAGUCAGGGCAGCUGAGCCCAGCUGGUACCUGCUGCCUCCCCAGCGCCCUGCGAAGCUGUGUGGGCACGGCUGCUCGGCCCCCGUGA